ACAUGACCAUCAGCAGAAAUCUCUUCGUCGUUCACAUCUAAAGCUUCAAUUAAUCUCUACCCUUCAUCUUCAUCUUCAUCUUCAUCUUCAUCUUCAUCCAAAACCAAACAAAUACUUGCAUCUUCCGCUUGUUACUUUUUAUUUCGAAAGAACAACCAGGAUUGAUGUCUGUUUUUGCUUUAAGAUUACUUUCAUUUCUUUGUUGUCUCCUUUCCAUAAUCAUUUUUAUAUCUCAAGUAAGCGCCGAUAAUACCACACAAAACUACCACUACUUCUGUAAUUUUAACAACAGAGGUAAUUACACACCCAACAGCUCCUAUCACACGAAUCUCAACACCCUUCUGUCCACUCUCAUUUCCGACACACAAAUUAACUAUGGUUUCUACAAUUUCUCAUUCGGCCAAAGCACCGACAAAGUGAACGCCAUUGGGCUAUGUAGAGGAGAUGUUAAGCCCGAUGAAUGCCGCAGUUGCCUCAACGGUUCAAGAGCCAAUCUCACACAGCUUUGUCCAGACCAGAAGGAGGCAAUUGGGUGGUACGAGGACGAGAAAUGCAUGUUGCGUUACUCAGACCGUUCAAUAUUUAACCUCGAGGAAACUGGUCCUGCGUACUAUGCUAACAACAUGAAAAAUGCAACGGACUUGAAUCAGUUCAAUGAAGAUGUAAGGACCUUGCUGGAUAGCUUAAAAAGCACAGCUGCAUUAGGUGAUUCUAGAUUUAAAUAUGCUGCAGGAAAUAAAUCUGGUCCCGAUGAUCAAGUCAUAUAUGGUCUUGUUCAGUGCACUCCAGAUUUGUCUGGCUCACAGUGCGAUGAUUGUUUGGUUCAGUCCAUUGCACGCAUCCCAAUAGACUGUUGCAAAGACAAGAUUGGCGGUAGAGUUGUUAGACCCAGUUGUUUUAUGAGAUUCGAAACCUCCUUUCUCUUCUAUGGACCUGCAGCAUAUGUGCCACCCUCCUCCAACACCACUAACCCUCCCUCAAAAGGAAAGAGCAACACGGCUACCAUUGCCAUAGCAAUAGCAGUUCCAGUUGUUGUUGUCACGGUGGUGGUGUUCAUUUUUAUCUGCAUCUGUUUAAGAGCAAGCAAGUCAAGGACAAAGUUUGAAAUUCAACAAGAAGGAUAUGAUGAUGAUGAAAUUGACAUUUCUGAGUCAUUGCAAUUCGACUUCAACACCAUACGGGAUGCUACAAAUGACUUUUCUGAUUCCAACAAACUUGGACAAGGUGGAUUUGGGACUGUUUACAAGGGUAGGCUCUCCAAUGGAAAAGAGAUUGCCGUCAAAAGGUUGUCAAUGCAAUCUAGUCAGGGAGAUGUAGAAUUCAAGAAUGAAGUGCUUUUAGUGGCAAAGCUUCAGCACCGAAAUUUAGUUAGGUUACUUGGUUUCUGUCUGGAAGGAAGAGAAAGACUACUUGUUUAUGAAUAUGUUCCUAAUAAAAGCCUUGAUUACUUCUUAUUUGAUCGAACCAAGAGAGCACAAUUAGAUUGGGAAAAGCGCUACAAAAUCAUUGUUGGUGCUGCUCGAGGCAUUCUCUACCUCCAUGAGGACUCUCAGUUGCGUGUUAUCCAUCGUGAUCUCAAAGCAAGCAACAUUCUCUUGGAUGAAGAGAUGAAUCCUAAGAUAUCAGAUUUUGGUUUGGCAAGAAUGUUUAUUGUGGACCAAACUCAUGCAGAUACAAGUAGAAUUGUUGGAACCUAUGGAUAUAUGGCCCCUGAGUAUGCAAUGCAUGGACAAUUUUCAAUGAAAUCAGAUGUCUUUAGCUUUGGUGUAUUAGUUCUUGAGCUUGUAAGUGGCCAGAGAAACACUGGCAUUCAACAUGGGGAGAGUAUAGAGGAUCUACUCAGUUUUGCAUGGAGAAACUGGAAGGAUGGAAGAGCUGCAAACAUUGUAGAUCCCACAUUAAACAGCAGUUCACAAAAUGAAAUAAUGAGAUGCAUCCACAUUGGGUUGCUAUGUGUUCAAGAAAAUUUAGCUGCCAGACCAACCAUGGCUUCUGUUGUACUUGGACUUAAUAGCCAUUCUGUCACUCUCGCGGUACCUUCGGAACCUGCAUUUUAUGUGGAUAAUACUGCAAACCUUGAAGACAUACAGUUAUUGGACUCAGGUGCAACAAGAUCAAGCGAACAAACUACUACUCAAGACUCGGUCAAUGAGGCUUCCAUUACUGAGCUAUAUCCUCGCUAGAUUUUGAUCAUAGUGGUGGGAGUCAUAAACAUAAUCUAUUCAGAGUAACAUUUAAUUCUUCAACCCAAACGUAUGAACUUCAUUCACCUGUGACAAGCUUCAUUCACCUGUGAACUUCAGUUUGUUUUAAUUAUAAAAUGUAUGCUAUGGCGAUUCUACUAGUAUCACAGCUAGCCCUAUGUGCUUUUUCUUCACCCUGCACCAUUAUAUUGGACAAAAUAGCCUGAUAUUUUGCAUCUAAAUAAGGGUCAACAAAGGGCAAAAUAUAGAAUUUCUGCCAUCCUCCACUUAUAAGUGCUUCUGUUUGAUAAGAUCACCGUAUCUGGAGUAGUCGGGAUUAAAUAACUGAGAAUUUAAUACUAAAUUUCCAUUUUCGUAGAUAAUUGUUAUAAUUAGUCACAGCUCAUGGUAAAUAAUAAUGUUUUGUUUCUUCU